GAUUUUCGAACAUUUGACCUCGUUUGACCCUUCCAGACCAUUUCUAAAUACCUCGAACAUCAAACAUGGGUCUCGCAAACCACGACCUUCCUCCCCCACCUUCGGGCAAAUACCCCGCCAAGGCACACGCCAAACGUGUAGCUGAAUUCAUCGCCAAGAAUGGCGGUCCCAAGGAGGGUGUUAUCUACUUGGAGGCGCAGAAGACUGCUAUGGUUGAAGAUGAUGACCAAGCUGCACACUUCCGCCAACGUAGAUUCUUUUACUACCUCUCUGGAUGCGCCGUACCUGACGCAUACCUUGCAUACGACAUCAAGAACGAUCAUCUGACACUCUUCAUUCCCCCUAUCGAUCCUGAGGACGUCAUCUGGUCAGGCUUACCACUUCUUGAGAAGGAAGCAUUGGAGAAGUACGACAUUGAUGCUUGCAAGCCUUCCACAAAAGUCAACUCAUACUUGACAUCGCCUGAAACCCCUCACAAAACCAUCUUGGCCAUUCCCAAGCAAGUUGCAGACCAUGUCACUUUCCUCUCCUUCGAGGAGACCAACUGGGACCUGCUCAAGAACGCAAUCGAAAGAUGCCGUGUUGUCAAGGACGAGCACGAAAUUGGCCUCAUCCGUCAUGCCAAUGCUAUCUCUUCGCAUGCUCACACAGAAGUCAUGCGUAUGGUCAAGAACGCACGUAACGAGAGAGAGCUUAUGGGUACUUUCGUCGGCGCCUGCAUCAGCAACGGUGGCCGUGAGCAAGCCUAUGGAUGUAUCUGCGCUUCCGGUCCCAGCGCCGCAACCCUCCACUACGUUCACAACGAUCUCCCUCUAUCCGAAAAGCUGAACCUUCUCAUCGAUGCUGGAUGCGAGUACAACUGCUACUGCUCAGAUAUCACCCGCACCUAUCCUCUUCAAGGCAAAUUCACAAAGGAGAGCCGUGAAAUCUAUGAUAUCGUCGACGAGAUGCAAGCCGAAUGCAUGAAGGCAUUGAAGGCCAACGUCACCUGGGAGGACCUUCACGCGCUCGCCCAUGAGAUCGCCAUCGACGGCCUUCGUCGCCUCGGUAUCCUGACUGGCGGCAACAAGAAGGAACUCUUCGACAGUCGCGUCUCUACUCUCUUCCUCCCUCACGGCCUCGGACACUAUCUCGGCAUGGACACACACGACUGCGGCGGCAAUGCAGACUACGAAGACCCCGAUCCCAUGUUCCGCUACCUCCGCAUCAGAGGUACCGUUCCUGCCAACUCAGUCGUCACCGUCGAGCCCGGCAUUUACUUCUGCCGCUUCAUCAUCGAGCCCGCUCUUAAGGAGGAGAAGUUCGCCAAAUUCGUGGAUAAGAGUGUUUUGGCGAAGUAUUGGGAUGUCGGCGGUGUGCGUAUCGAGGAUGAUGUGCUGGUCAAGGAGGAUGGAUGUGAGAACUUGACUACAGCACCUAGAUCUUGGGAUGAGGUUGAAGCUUUGAUUCAUUCGGUUUAGUAUUUCUUUCAUACAUCAAGAAUGACUGGAACUUAUUAGGACACCCCCAACGCUGGUGCUCAAAGCUUUAAUGUGCUGUAGGGAUACAACAGUUCAUCUUGUGUCAGUGUAUUGCCCAUUGAGAGUUUGAAGAAACAAAACCAAAUGCUAUCUUCUCCGGC